AUGCUGAAAGUCUUGCAGAGGGCGAAAGAAUUAGCAUUGCAAGCUGCGACCUGCGAAGCGGAUGCAGUUUACGAAGCAUUGAGGGCUGCAUGCAGAGAGCACCGAAUGGCAUUGUCAGAUCUAGCACUUUCAUUUUGUGCGUCUGUCGGAGCUGAAAGUUUGGUGGGCUGCAGCAUCAGUGGCAAAUAUAGCACCAGCUUGGAAGAUGUCUUGGUACAAAGGCAUUUGUUGCUGGAAGGCCGUACGCAGGGAUGGCCACAGCUUCGGAAAGCCUGCUUGAAAGUCAUGCAAGCCUCUGUGCAGCCUCGAUCUGGGGUCUUUGGUCGGGCCUGCCCCAAAGCCAUGGCAGAGGCCGAAGCCGAGCGUUUGGCCCAAGUUCUGGAUGACAAACGAAGAGCGCUGUGUCAGAAGCGCUUGGAGAAGGCUUUCAGAGAUGCAGUGAAGCUAGUUGAGCUCGUGCUGCGGAAGCAAGAGCAGCAAGUGUCGCGAAAGCGGAACAGCUACUUUGCCAUGGCGGAUGUGACGACUGCAGCGGAGCCAGCUGUACAGGCGCCAGCGCAGGCACCAGCACAGGCAGCCCCAGCUGCGGCACCUGCGCAAGGCAAAGAGCUGAAAGCUGUUAUGGAGGAUAUGGCGGCUGUGGUUAUGGCGGAUACCAACCAGGAAUGCCUGGACAACCCAUGUGAAAGCACCAACUGGGCCAGUGUAGAAAAAGGCCGUGGGAACUUCAAGAGCUUCGGAAAGCCUGUGGAAAGCCUUUCGACAGCUUUGGACUUUGGACCGCCUUACGACACUUUAUGCAAGCUAGCGUGCGCCUGCGCAUCGAUGGGUCUCCGCAGCUGCGCCUUGCUCUUUGGGCUCUUUGUGCAUUUGCAGGUUGCCAGCAGUGCAAAGGUAGAAGCAGAGCGGGAGACUCUUGGCUCAAGAUGCACCGAAACAUCCUAUGCUGUUCGAGUCAUGGGAGUAGCCUUGAAUGGUGAUCGAGAUGUUCAAACCUUGAAUACCUCGCUCUUUGUUGGAGGGCUUGGUGCAGCAGGAGUGCGCUGUGAACAGGAAGACCCAGAUGCAAAGGAGUACCACUUGGAGGUUUCAACGGGGCUUCCAUGGAUCGACUUCAUAUGGAAGGUGUGGAACACCACGCCUGAAGACGAGGUUCGACUCGCUGGAUUAGAUGGCUGGAGUCGGGUGGCCAAAGAACAGGAGGCAGUGGAAGCAGCACUUCAAGGCCCAAGACCUGACACGAAGGUGGCUUCUUCCUCGGGCUUCGUAACAUUCACCACGAUCCUGUCACAACGACUGGCCUCCAGAGAGCAAUGCACUCGAGAUGUGCAGGCCUUCAGGAUGUACAUGGCUCCCGAUCCACAGGAUGUGUUGUAUGAGAACCUUGCAGAGGAUGACAUCAAUGCCUCCUCUUGGAAAUGGUUGGGCAGAUUAGCCCUGUUGGCCGUUUUCCUCUUUUGGAUCCCGAUCGUUGUUGCAAUCUCUGGAUGGACAACACUGAGUUCGAUUCAGGGAACUGUGCCAGCGGUGGAGAAGUUUUUGGAUGCACAUCCAGCCCUUGCUAGCUUGAUGUCUGGUGUCUUGGCCACAGCGGCCUUGAAGAUCUUCAUGAUGUUUCUUCCUAGCGUGCUCCAUUUUAUCAUCACAACUACUUUGCACUUAAAAGCUGGUAGUGUGGAGCAAUUGAAACUUCAGCAGUGGAGCACAGCUUUCUUGCUUCUCUUCGUCGUUCUGGUGACCUCGCUGGGACGUGGGCUAACGAUCACUUUCUUCAUUGUCAUGCAGGAGCCAGCAAAAAUCAUAAGUUUGCUUGCAGCCUCCCUCCCCUCUGCUUCUCAUUUCUACUUCAACUAUGUCAUCCUGGGAUGGCUGGUUUUGCCCAUGGAUUUUCAGCAGCAGUGGGCGCUGCGCGGCGUUGAGGAUGAGGCCAGAUUGUACUCUGAUCCAGAGGAUCAAGCGUAUUAUGGCUUGGGGACUCGCAUGGCCCGUACAGUCUUGAUGGCCUCGAUUUUCUACAUUUUUUGCUCUUGCUCUCCGUUGAUUUUGGUCUUUACUUGGAUCUACUUCUUCCUGGCACAGUUUGUUUUUGGCUAUUUGCUCCUCUUUUGCGAGAGCAAGAAGCCAGACACAGGAGGAGUCUUCUGGGUGCAAGCCACCGAGCAACUCUUCUUGGUGCUCGCCAUCUAUGUAUCUCGGCAGAAGGGAGUGAUGCUUAUGGUGGGCGUGCUGCGAGGUCUAACUCGAAAUGGCAUAUGGGCCGGACCGCCAAUGGCUACACUGGCGUCUUUGAUGGUUCUUUAUGUGGCCAGGCGAGAUCUGAAGAACUUAGCCUUCGACACCUUGCCGUUAGAGGAGGUCGUGAAGGCCUUCAAGGAUAACAAGGACGGCAGAGUGAAGAGGAAAGAUCUCCCCGGCCUAGCCCAUUUCUUAGAACACAUGCUUUUCACCGGCACGGCCAAGUAUCCCAAAGAAGGUGAGUACCACGAGUUCAUCCAGCAGAACGGGGGAUCAGCCAAUGCGUAUACUGCCUGCUAUUUCACCAACUACAUGUUUGAGAUCAAGCCAGAAGCUCUGGUGGAGGCCUUGGACCGCUUCGCAGGCUUCUUCAUUGAACCGCUUCUGACGCGGGAUUGCACUGAGCGCGAGAUCAAUGCGGUCGAUUCAGAGUAUCAAGCUGGCUUGACUUCGCCUUGGUGGCGCUAUGUCGGCAUCAUGAACAUGAGCGCUAAUCCGGAUCAUCCCUUCCACGUGGCUGUUGGAAACAACAAGGUCUUGCUGGAAGAGCCGAAAGAGCGCGGGAUUGACCUCUACGAAGAGAUGAAGAAACUUUAUGAGUCUACUUACUCAUCGAAUGGAAUGACGCUUUGUGUCUUUGGCAAAGAGUCAACGGCAGAGCUGGAGAAGAUUCUGCGUGACAAGUUUGGUUCUAUAAAGAACAAAGGGGUCAGCAUGCCGAUUGGGGACUCGGUGUCAGAAAAGCCUCCUUUUCUGCCCUCAGAGUGGCAUCAGCUGCUGUUGCAGAAUCCAGUGCAGGAUGUGAAGGACUUGACCUUCAGCUGGGUAAUCCCCUACCAGGCUCCUCUUUGGCGAUACAAGCCUGCACAAUACAUCAGACAUUUGCUCGGCCAUGAAGGCAAAGGAUCGGUCAUCGCAGCGUUAAAGCAACAAGGGCUGAUAGUAGGAUGCGGCGCUGGUGAUGGUGGAUGGCUGGAGGGAGCAUUUAGUUUGCUGAACGUAACCUUUGAGCUCACUGACAAGGGCUUGGAUGCUGUUGAAGAAAUCGGGCGCUACCUGUUUGCAUAUCUUGGAAUGCUUCAAAAGUCGACACCAGAGAAGUGGAUUUUUGAUGAGGCGCAGAGGCUGUCAGAUAUCACCUUCAAGUUCAAGGAGGAUGCUCGUCCUUUCCAACUGUGCCCCGCAAUUGCGCUAUCCUUGCACCAGUUCCCGCCAUCUGAAGCACUAUGUGGCGGUAUCCUUCAGUACGAGUUCAAUCCAGAUGCCAUUUCGAACUUGCUUUCCAAACUGACGCUGGACACUGUUCGAGUUCAGUUUCAGGCGAAAGUGCUGGCAGAUCGUUGUACGGAGAAGGACACUUCUUACAGUUCGCCAAUGGCACUACUCCAGAUUGAACCUGGCUGGCUGGAGUCUUGGGCCAAUGUUCUCAAAGCUGGCGGUUCGCUGGAGGAGUCGAGGGACAUUACCAGCAAAAUGGGCCUGCAUUUGCCACCGCCCAACCCGUUCAUUCCGGAGGACUUGAGCUUGAAGCCGCCUUCUGAGAAACAGGCUGUCCCAGUCCUCCUGAAAGGCACCGAGCCUCCGGUGGCUGGCAUCUUCCACCGACAAGACGACCUUUUUCAGCAACCGAAGGCGCAGGUCACAUUCUUCAUCUACUCUCCAUAUUUCACGAAGGAUGUUGCUAGCUACAUGAAGACAGCAAUCUGGUCCCUGUGCGUGGAGGAGGCCUUGCAAGACUUCGCCUAUGAUGCCGAGAUUGCAGGAGUUGGAUAUGCGCUGAAGGUGUCUGGCGGGAGCCUACGUCUUGUCCUUUCUGGUUUCAACGACAAGCUCCAUGUCCUCCUCGAGGCGGUGACAGAAAAGAUGAUCUCAAUGACCGCUGUGCCGGAGCAUAUCUUUGCAAUUGUCAUGGACGCUGCGGGAGACGAUCUCCGCAAUCAGGCAGAGCACGCUCAGCCGAUCCAACAAGCAAUUCAUCGUUUUGAUGAUCUUCUAUAUCAAGGAAGUUCCUUUCCAGUCUUGGAGAAACUGAAAGCUUGGGAGAAGAUCCAACGGGAGGAUCUCAGCAAUCUUUGUGCUCGUUUUUUUGCUGACGGAGCUCAUGUGGAGGCCUUAAUUCUGGGGAACCUGACAGCUGAAGAUGCCAAGCAGUUGUCUGCAAAGCUUGUGACGGGGCUGCAGCUUUCAAAGCCAUUGCAAAGCUUGCCCUAUCGUGCAGAAGCUUCACUUCCAGAAGGUUCCACUUUGUGGGAGCUGGACAGUAUGGAUGUAGACGACCCGAAUCACGCUGUGUUGCUAAAACUGCAGCUGCCUAUUGGCCUAGAAGAUGAGAUGCUUGCGAUGCUGCUCGACAAGGUGCUCUCUGCCAAGUUUUUUGAAAUCCUCCGAACACAACAGCAGCUUGGAUAUAUUGUGCAGAUGGCAGCCUCAGUGCCGCUGAAGUCCCCCAUGAUAGUAGCCCUGGUGCAGACGGAGUUUCUGCCAGACUAUGUCAGAGGCUGCAUUGGAAAGUUCAUGGAGGAACAUUUUCACUUUGUGGAGGAAUCCUUAGGUGCAGAGGAGUUUGAGGUUUGCAAGAGCGGACUCAUCUCCCAGCUUUGA